GGCGCCCGGCCGCCUCCCCGGUGUCCUCACCCGCCACCGCCACCCGCCACCCGCGCCGCGGAGGACGCGUCCGGCUCGCGGAGCCCCGGCCCGCGGGGAACCGGGACCUAUGGCUCCCUUGGCAGCCCUUCAGGCGACAUUCCUCCUGGCGUUGCUGUCCUUGAGAACUUGCCACAGUGAAGUCUUGUCUGAACCUUUACCGUUGACCCCUGAAUCCCUGAAAGUGUCCAUCAAUUCUACACAGCAAUGUCUGCAUUUACAGUGGAGUGUCCACAGUCUUACUUACCAUAAGGAAUUAAAAAUGGUUUUUCAGAUAGAGAUCAGCAGACUAAAAACAUCCAAUGUCAUCUGGGUGGGGAAUUAUAGCACCACUGUGAAGUGGCAGCAGGUUCUGCACUGGAGGUGGGACUCUGAGCUCCCUUUGGAAUGCGCGACGCACUUUGUAAGGAUGAGGGGCAGGGUGGAAGCACGGCCCUGGAGCGACUGGAGCCCGUGGGAGGCAGCGGAUGCACAGGGGUCUCUUGGAAAUGGCUCACUGUUCGUUUUCCCCGAAAAGAAGCUGGUGGAAGAAGGCUCCAAUGUCACGAUUUGUUACGUCUCCAGGAGCCGUCAGAAUAACAUAUCCUGUUAUUUGCAAGAUGACCUGCUACAUGGAGAACAACUUGAUCCAAAUGUGUCUGUGUUCACCUUGAAUAAUGUUCCUUUCAUUAGGGAGACGGGGACAAAUUUCUAUUGUCAGGAGGAAAUGACAAAGGCCAUAAAGGGCCUCGUUCUCUUUGUCUCAAAAGUACUUGAGGAGCCCAAGGACUUUUCUUGUGAAACUAGGGACUUGAAGACUUUGACCUGUACUUGGGAUCCUGGGCCCAGCACUGACCUGCCCAGCUAUCCGUCCACAAGCUACACUUUAUUUGAAUCAUUUUCUGGGAAAAAGAAACUUUGUAAAGAGAGAAACAAGUGCACUUGGCAGGUAGCUCAAGACUCGCAAGAAACAUAUAACUUCACGCUCGUGGCUGAAAACUACUUAAGGAAGAGAAGUGUGAAUAUUGUUUUUGACCUGGCUCAUCGAGUUCAUCCAAUGACUCCCUUUAAAGUGCUCCUUGAAAGUAUAAGUGCCACAAAUGCCACCAUGACCUGGAAGGUACCCUCCACUGGGAAUUCUUUCAUAUUUUUGUGUGAGGUUGAACUCCAUGGUGAAGGAAAGGUGAUACAACACAAUGUUUCCGUUGAGGUGGAUGGUCAGUACGUCUUCAGGGAGCUGGAGCCUGCCACGGAGUAUGUGGCCCAGGUCCACUGCACCGCUGCCAGCCAUUUCUGGAAAUGGUCAGAGUGGGCUGAUCAGAAGUUCAACACACUCGAAGCUGCCCCCUCCAUGGCUCCUGAUGUCUGGAGAGACGUGAAGUCAAUGCUGGGAUCUUGUAACGUAAUGUUAUUCUGGAAGCCACUGUCAAAAUCGCAUGCCCAUGGAGAGAUUCUUUUCUAUAACGUAGUUGUAGAAAAUCUACACAAUCCAUCCAGUGCAAAGUCCUUUCCCAUCCCUGCUCCAGCCAACAGCACAGAACUAGCCCUGGACGAGUGUUCUCACCAGAUCCACGUCACAGCUAAUAACAGCGCGGGCACUUCUCCUGCUGCUGUGAUCGUUGUUUCUGGGGACCCUGAAAACAAAGAGGCGGAAGAAGAAAGAGUUGAAGUCACAGAGAAUGGAUUCUCUAUGUCCUGGAAACCCCCACCUGGAGAUGUCGUAGGCUAUGUUGUGGACUGGUGUGACCGCCCCCGGGACUCACCCUGUCAUCUCCAGUGGAGCCACGUGGGCCCCAACAGCACAAGCACUGUCAUUAGAUCAGAUGAUUUUAGACCAGGGGUACGAUACAACUUCAGGAUUUAUGGAAUUUAUCCAAAUAGGACGGCUUAUUUACUGGAGAAAAAAACAGGAUACUCCCAGGAACUGGCUCCUUCAGACAGCCCUCAAGUGCUCAUACAUGACCUGACUUCCCACUCCUUCACCUUGAGUUGGAAAGAUCACUCCACCGACUCCUGGCCUGGUUUUAUCUGCGGGUACUAUGUCUACUUGAAGUCCAAGGCAGAGCAGUGCCAGCCAGAAUUCCAAAAGAUAGUCCUUCCAGAUGAUUCAGUAGGUUGUGUAUAUAAAAUCGACAACCCGGAACAGAAGACGCUUGUAGUGGGAAACCUACAGCCGGAAUCCUCCUACGAGUUUGCAGUCAUCCCAUACACCCGGGCUGGCAACAGCACUCCUGGGGCUUUCACCAAGGUUACCACGCCGGACGAGCGCUCCCACAUGCUGCUCCGUAUCCUCCUCCCCAUAGCUGCCUGCCUUCUGCUCAUUGCCGCCGCCCUGUGCUACUGGAAGAGUCAGUGGAUGAAGGAGAUGUGUUUUCCUGACAUUCCAGACCCUUACAAGAGCACCGUCCUGUCCUUGCUAAAACCUAAGGAGAACGCCCACCUGACGAUACUGAACGUCAAGGACUGCGUUCCGGACACUAUUGAAGUUGUCAAGAAGGCCGAAGGGGGCAAGAGCCAGUUCCACGGCGCCGGGAAGCCGCCCACAGAAACUGCGUGCGUCAAGCCGGACUACGUCCACAUCCUCCCGGCAGGGAAGGCCUCCCUGGGCCCCGGCGCCUGCAUCUGCUUUGAGAACUUGACCUAUAACGAAGCAGCCGACCCUGGUCGCUGUGCCCACGCCCCAGGACCCCACCAAGCCCCUCCGAGUCAGCUGGGACUCCUGAGUUCACCGGAAGGUUUACUGAAGUCACUAGAACAAAACUACAUGAACACGCUGGCAGAAAUCCCAGCCGGAGACACCGCUUUGAAUUACGUGUCCCAGCUCGCUUCCCCUGUGUCUGGGGACAGGGACGGCCUCCCAGCAAAGCCCCCCAAGCCGGAGCCGGAGCUGUGUUGCGAGUAUAGAAUGCAAAUGGCCGUGCCCCCGGGCCUCGCCCCGUCGUCCUCGGACUAGAACAGCAGCCGUCCCACCGCCCUUUUAGAGCAAGGAGACCACCACCGCUAACCCGCCACCUUUCCCAGCCUCAGUGCGCCCGAGUCCCCGAGAGAAGCGCGCCCGGCCCCAUUCCAUCGCCCGAUUCCUUGGUGUGUAAUCCCAGCGGGCUGCCACCAGCGGCGGGUCUGAUUUGCAGGAGGCCGCUGCCAUCUGGCUGGGUUUCCAUGCGCAGGAGCUAGGACACUCACCGACCUCCCCUGCAGCCGGCUUGCUUAGAAACGCCAGCGUCAUGCACGGGACAGGCUUCCUUUGCUGCCGCACGGCCCAGGCUACCUGCGCAGCAGCCACCCCGGCACCUGGCUUGGGGGUGAGCCCGUCCACUCAGUACCGGAUAACGUGGCUCCGGUCCUAGGAUUCAGCGAGGAAGUAACUCCAUUAUGUUUUACUCCCACCUUUACUAUCUUGAGAGCAAAGGAACUAGACUGAAGGCUGUAAGAGAGGCCACAGAUUUGUUACUAGAGCACACACUGUCAAUGUUAGUUCUGGAUGUGCUUAAUGGAAAAGUCACGGGUUUGAGACAGAAACCGAUGUUGGACUUGCCUCACAGGAUAAGGAUUUACAGCUCAUCGUCACAGUGCAAUGAACCCUCCCGGGGGCGCGGCCCUCCCGGGUAGGUAGGACAGCGAAUGCCUCCGUCAGGCCUCUGCAGCUGCCCUUCCGUAGCCCUUACCAGUCAGAGUGGGGCCCGCGGGGACCUCCUGACUCAGCGUCAGGAUAACAGCGCUGCUCCUUAGCACACACCAGUCUCCUGCCAUAAUUUUUGAUGACUACCUCAGAUAGGAAAGGGUAAGCGUAACAUCGAGUAAUUCCAUUCAUACUUUAUGGUUCCUUUUUUCUCUCUCUCUUUCCAAGAGCUUUACUAUAUGUGACUCAUUCUCAUUUAGUGUCCUUUGGACUCGACAAUAGGUUGUCUAGGCUAAAAUAACAUCCUCACUCUCAUUUGUAUUCCUAUUAUGCUAACCUAGUAAGUUAAAAUGAAAGCACAUUGCUGCUGGACGUCGUCUGGGCAUAACUAUUAAAAGCUGUCCGGAGUGGGGAGUUCCGUUUGGGCUCGGCCCCACCUUUUCCUCCUUGAGCGGCAACAGGCAUCCCUUUCUCUUCCUUGUGUCUGGCAACACGUACUGUUUAUUCAUCACAUUUCUAAACAAGCACAGAUACGACUUCCGCUUCGUUUGCUGUAGGGAGAAUGACAGGACCCACUUCUCAAAGUAGGUGGCUGUCAGCUGGUCUGCACACACCGACACAAGCCAGGACUUCUGUUCAGGGUUUUCAACAUUGUCCUCACAUAGCUCUAUGCCUUUUGCUAGGAAAAUUGGGUAUGAUCUCCUAGCACAGUACAAGCGAGUAUCUUAAUUAGUAUAGCAGUUUUGAGAAGACUCUGGGUCCAGAUAGUCAUUGUUUACCCUCUUGGGUUGCUUUGUCAUGAGGCAAUUAUUAUAUUAAGUCCACAGAAAUGUCAACGGCAGUGAUGACUGAUUUGUAAAUAGUAUCUUUCACAUAGAAUCUCUUUAAAAAAAAUAAUGCAUAAAACCUUGAAGUUAUUUUUGUUGCAAUAGCCAUAAUUAAAAUACUCCACCACUGAAUUACUUCGUGUUUUCUCUACCUCGGUGAAAUGAAGACCUGACAAUUAGUAAUGCCGAUAGAUCGCCUCCUGAGCUUGCAUAAACGCCUGGGUGCCACGCCAGCCCUCCUAAUCCCAUCUCUGUGGCCUGAGGCCUGGAAUCUGUAUGUUGCACCAGGCAUUCGGAUGCACACUCCACUUUGAGAACAACGGUCUAAGUGAAAUAAAGACAUCUUUCAUAACGAU